AUGUACUACAAGGAAUAUUACACGUACGACGUGGUAUACCCCGCGUACUACUCAGGAUACGUGUUGUAUGAAGUACCAAGAGAGAAGAACAUCUUUUGCAGUUUAGCGGAGGCACUAUGCAGUUGCUGCUUAUUCACAGCAACGGCUGUCACGUCCAUUUUUAUCGUGUCGGCUGACGCGAUGUUAAGGUGUUGUGAAGGCAGAGACUGA